GCACUGCCGCUCCGUCCCCGACGCUGCCGCGGCUCCGCAGAGGUGGGGUGUGGGGCGGCUCGAGGGGAGCCGGACUCCGUGUAGAACUGCACACACUGGGCGCCCGGAGGGAACACACAGGCUCUGUUGUGUGGUCUACUUGUUACAUGUCCUCAGGACCCGCUGAGAUAUUUAGAGGAAAUGAUCAUUAUUAUAAUGAGAAACGGUCUUGAAAAUCUUCUAUGGGAUAUGUGCAUUGAUCCAUCAAUGAAACCAAAAAUUCGGAGAUUAUCUGACACUUAUUUGGAACAACUUUUUGGAUUGGAUGAUCAGCUGAUCACUCCAGAAUUGAUGAUAAAAGCAUGUACUUUUUAUACUGGAAAUUUAGUAAAGACCCACUUUUGUAGUUGGAAAAGCACAGCAAUACCUCACAUAAAUGAAGGUGACAUUCAGGCUGAAAAAAUGGAAAAAGCAAUGGAAUAUAACAAUUUGAAACUUCAAAAAUAUGUAUUUUGUCAUUGGCACACUUAUGUGAAAAGUAAAAAAGAACAACUUAAAGAAGCACUAUUGCGGAUACGACAGAUAUUCAACUAUAUCAAGCUAAUAAAUAUCCUGACUAAGUGGAGGAAUAAAGCAAGAUAUAACUAUAAAAAGAGAGAAGAUGAGCUGCGGAUAUUGAAACAUGAACUUCAAUUGAAAAGAUGGAGAAACAGGAUAAAAUUCAAAGAACAUGCUGAAGAACAAUCCAUUUCUUCUGAACAAAGUCUGUCUGAAGGCUCUCUUGGUGAGAUUUCUCAAUGUGACCUUUCGCUAUUACCAGAAAGAGCAAUAUUGCAGGUUUUCCUCUACCUCAGUUUAAGAGAUGUGAUAAUAUGCAGUCAAGUUAGUCACUCCUGGAUGUUGAUGACACAAACAAGCUCAUUGUGGAAUGGUAUUGAUUUUUCUGUGGUAAAAGACUUGAUCACAGAUAAAUGUGUGGUGUCUACUUUGCAAAAGUGGCGUCUAAAUGUGCUGCGCUUGAAUUUUCGUGGUUGUCUUCUCCGACUGAAAACUUUGAAAUAUAUUAGCUUCUGUAAAAAUUUGCAAGAGCUGAAUCUUUCUGACUGCCCAACACUCACGGAUGAAUCAAUGAGAUACAUUUCUGAGGGUUGUUCUGGAGUCCUGUAUCUCAAUCUAUCUAACACAACUAUCACAAAUAGGACAAUGCGACUCCUACCAAGGCACUUCCACAACUUACAGAAUCUUAGUUUGGCUUAUUGCAGAAAGUUCACAGACAAAGGUUUACAGUACCUGAAUUUAGGGAAUGGAUGCCACAAGCUCAUCUAUUUGGACCUCUCCGGCUGCACCCAGAUUUCAGUCCAAGGCUUCAAGAACAUUGCAAACAGCUGCACUGGAAUUAUGCAUCUGACCAUCAAUGACAUGCCAACUCUGACGGACAACUGUGUAAAAGCUUUAGUUGAAAAAUGUCCUCGUAUUACAUCAAUAAUUUUCAUUGGUGCACCACAUAUCUCCGAUUGUACUUUCAAAGCUCUUUCAACUUGUAACCUCAGAAAGAUUCGAUUUGAAGGAAAUAAAAGAAUUACUGAUGCAUGCUUCAGAUUUAUAGACAAGCGUUAUCCAAAUAUUAGUCACAUUUACAUGGUGGACUGCAAGGGAAUAACAGAUGGUAGCCUCAAGUCCCUCGCGCCUUUGAAGCAACUUACUGUGUUGAAUUUGGCAAAUUGUGUAAGAAUUGGUGAUAUAGGACUAAAGCAAUUUCUUGAUGGUCCCGUGAGCAUAAGGAUAAGAGAGCUAAAUUUAAGUAACUGUAUCAACCUGGGUGAUGCUUCUAUUGUGAAACUAUCAGAGCGCUGCCCUAAUUUAAACUACUUGAGUUUACGAAAUUGUGAACAUUUGACUGACCUAGGAAUUGAAUAUAUUGUAAACAUCCCUAACUUGGUAUCAGUAGAUCUCUCUGGAACAGACAUCUCUAAUGAGGGUUUGAUGAUACUUUCCAGACAUAGAAAAUUAAAGGACCUUUCUCUAUCUGAGUGUUACAAAAUCACCGAUAUUGGAAUUCAGGCAUUCUGCAAAGGCUCACUGAUCUUGGAACAUUUGGAUGUCUCUUACUGCCAACAGCUAUCAAAUGAGAUUAUUAAAGCACUGGCCAUUUAUUGCAGUAACCUCACAUAUCUCAGCAUCGCUGGCUGUCCAAAGAUUACUGACUCAGCAAUGGAGCUGUUAUCGGCAAAAUGCCAUUACCUACACAUCUUGGAUGUUUCUGGUUGUAUCCUGCUUACUGACCAAACGCUUGAGAAUCUUCAGAUAGGCUGCAAACAACUUCGGAUCCUAAGGAUGCAAUACUGCAGACUUAUUUCCAAGGAAGCAGCUAUGAAAAUGUCAUCUAUAAAGGAAUACAGCCCUAAUGACCCUCCACUUUGGUUUGGCUAUGACUGCAAAGGAAAGCCUCUUCUAGAGCAACAGGAUACAACACAACUUAAAGGUUCAGAAUUGUCAGUGAAAGAGUCAACAUACAGUAAUGAACAGGAAGCAGUAUGACCUUCAGCAUCAAGCAGGAAGAACAAAAAAUCUAGAACUUGGCAACGUCAUUUAACCAAGUAGUUUUCAUUAGCUAGAUCUCAACAGUAUAAACGAGCAGCAAAUCGUCUCUUGAU